AUGCGAAGCACUCCACGAUCAUCCGAUUCCGCCCUCACUCCUCCUCCAAUUCAUUCUUCCACACAUCCAACAACUUGCCAUGCCAACACACAGCACACUAGAGUUCGCAUGCGAAAUGCUUUCCAGCUGACUCAGGUUGGAAACACUGCAUGGGCUGUUGAGCGGCACACCUCCUUCUUCCCCACAUUGUCUUCAAAACUUACGCUGCAUAGUGACGUGUCUGCACUCCCCCCCCCUUGCCCUGCCCUCACCUCCCCUCCCAUCGCCUCGCCUCGCCUCGCCCCAUUUCCACUCCCCUCUCCCCCUUCAUCUUCUCUUCCCUAUGCUCCCCUCUCCGCCUCACCUUCACUCCAGUCUCUUCGCUUGGCCAACUAUGAGGACAGCAGCUGCAACGAAAUUGACUGGUGGUAG